CUCUCCAUUCAUCCAUCCAACAACAUGGCGCUUAAGCGUCGGAGCGACGCUGCGUCACCGUCGAGAACCAGGUAAAAACCUUGGUAAACGCCUUUUAGCGGAAGUGGCAAGCUCACUUUUCUGCCAUGUUCAGCAAACUCUACAACUUCGUGCGCCAGCACAAAAAGAAAAUUUUCUUCAGCGUCGGCUUGGCCGGCGGCGCCUACCUCCUCAACCGCUACGUCCAGCGCAAGCUUCACGAGUGGGAAAGCCGGACGACGCAGAACUACCUGGACCAGAUCAAACACCAGCACCACUUCGAGAGCAUCCUGCAGACCUCGGACAGCACGGUGCUCUCGCUCCUGCCCAAGAUAAGAGAGCCGUUGCUGACCAUCCUCGAGACCGACUCUUUACUGGAGAAGCUCAAGACCCGACCCCCAAACAGGCUCGAGCUAUGGGAGGAAAUGAAAGCUCGGAUCCUCACGUUCGCCGUGUGCAGCGUCUAUGCCGAGAGCCUGCUGGCCGCGCUGCUACGGGUGCAGCUGGGAGUCGUCGGUGGUUACGUGUAUGUCAACUCGCAGCGCUCUCAGCAGACCUCGGGCGGUGUCCUGCCCGCCCUAACCAGCCAAGAGAUCCACCAGCGUUACCUGUCUCUCAUCCAGCAUUUCUUCGAAGGCGGCAUCGAGGAGCUGGUCCACGUCGUCAAGGCAGCCGUGGUGGCCGCCUUCGGGCACGUCAGCCUAAAAGAGCGCGUGAGCGUUAACGACUUCGUCGUGGCUUUCGACUACAUCAAGGGGUACGUGUCGAGGGGCUCCAAGCCGCUGCCCGGCUUCAUGCGCUUCCUGCUGCCGCCUCUGAACGUCGAGAGCGAUAGUCAGGAAGCGACGGUCCUCAACACGAUGAUCCUGGAGACGAGGGACAUCCUUGAGACGGACGACUUCUCCAAGGUACUCGCGACCUGCAUCGACAUCGGCUUUGGCAACCUGCGUGGCGAAGUCGAGGAGAGCUUCCACAUCAUGCAGAUGGCCGAGGGCAGUGGCGACCAGGUGGCGACUAGCUUCGCGCUGGCCAAGCUUCUUCCAGUGCUUAAGAAUGGUCUGGUGGCAGGGCGGGCCGACAACUUCCUCAAGCAGAUCCUGCAGGUGGAGCUGUUGCGCAGCAUGUUGGCAAAUGUGUACGAAGCAUUCUGUCAGACUGAGGACGUUGACAGGCUCAACCACAACCUCGCACCUUUCACGUGAUGCCUUGUGAAAGUGUGGAAGGCAUAGAGCUUCGGACAAAAAGGCUCAGUCCUUCGUGUGUGAGCAGCUCUGAUGUGGUUCUCUUAUGAGAAGUGUCGUUGGGUGCACAGUGCUUGUUUCGAGAUAUGCCUAAACAUGCUCCAUAUAAGCAUUAUUUGAUUUGUGUUUCAUUUGUAUUUGACCAGUGCUUUUGGAAAGCAGUGUUUCCUCACUCCCCUAUAUUUCAGUGUUACCAGGUUGGAGUGAUGGUUAACAGUGUUUCAUGCAGCAUAUGAACACAGAUUAGUCUGAUAUUUGUUGCAAAGGCUAGUGUGUCUCAUGGUUAAAGACGAGGGCUCUUAGAAUGGUUGAGCCACAUGAACCAAUGCAAAAGAAGUCUGUCGGAGGAAGGCGUUUCUACCAAAAGCGAUGGCACAAGGAUGGCCCAACAAAGCUGCCUUGUAACAAAUAUUUUGUGCCUUUUGUUGAGCUUUAUUGUGCUGUCGAGUUUAAAUAAUGGGUUCUGCUUAUCUGAUGUUGGUAUUGCAAUAGUGUUCCAGUGGUGCUCAGUGGGUAAUUUUUAUCAGAGCUACCCUUUUCUGAAACUUUAACUAUUCUCAAUAUUCUGUGAUGGCCACUAGAAAUUUCUUUUUUUUUCUUUUUUGCUCAGCUAUCAUUUACCUUUGCGAGAUCCCCCGAGUUCAUUUUCAGGCCUCGAAACAAAAGUGAGGAAGACAUUUGUAGACAUUUUCCAGUCAUUACAUCCUUGCAGCUAUGGGGAUGGAAUGGAAUUUAUGUGACUCAACUAGAGAACCGGUACAAGAAAAUGUAAUGUGAGUGUUGCAAACAUGUUUAUGGCAGGUUUCACUUUGGAUGUCGUUUUGUUCCCUAUGGCCGAUGGUAACCAAGCCGAAUCUGAGAACUGUCCAUUAGUUCUCACUGGACAUACAUGUGGCUCUUGUGCCUAUAGCAGACAAUUUUUUUUCAAACUUUGUGCUGAAGAGGCUCCCUUCUUGCUGAUAAACACCCAAAGGAAAGGAAAAAUGUUCUGGCCCUGUGAACGAUUUUGUCGGUCAGCUCUACAAAAAAAAAAAAAAACUGCAAAAAGGAAAAAAAAAAAAAAAAAAAGAAACAGCACCUUGCCAGCAACCAAGAUUAUAUGGCUCGUCGUAUUGGAGCCCCGGUUACAGUCGUCAGUGUAAAGACUAUCAAUGAAUCUUUAAGAGUCACUUGGUUUAUUUUUAAGUUCUUAUGACCAAAGUUAUGACUGCAAGUGUGCUUUUUGUCAAGAAAAAUACCCUUAUCUUCCUGUGUCUUGAUCUGCAUCUGUAACUUGCAAAAUAUUUGAGCCCGAUAUGGCCACACCCUGCCCGCUCCCUAGAAAGCCGCAUACCACAUGAUGGUGUUGUGAAAGAAAUCCCUUUACUCACCCUGUUUUGAGACAAGUUUUCCCAAACUCCAGCAACGUGCUGUUCUGUUCCUUUGCCAGCCGAACCUGUCUUGAUCCCUCCAUUUUCUCACGCUCUCCCCUCCUGAAUUUUCUUAAUCUUCUCAUCGUCUCUACACACUAAUAUGUAAUUCUAAAACAAUAAUCUGAGUUUGGCAAAACGUUCCAGGCACAAAUAUGCAUUUUCAUUCUGCACUUCAAUUGUUUGUUGUGGUUUUUCCGAUUGCAUUUUAAAGUAGAAAUGAAAAUCAUGUGCUGCUGCAUAAAUCUUAAGUCUGUCCCUUUGCAGUAGUAAACUGCAUUGCCUUGAAAGUUUACACAUGUACUGUAGUUCAGACAUAUAGGCUGGAAGGUACAGCACCUGCACUUUCUGGACUUCAAGGCGCAUGUAUUCGUAUUCCUGCAAUUCUAAGCUCUUGAAAUUUUGUUUAACUUGGACAAAAAUGAGGGAAAGCUAGAUUUUGCUGGAGAGGAAAGCUUUUUCUUUAUUCAGAUGUUUCUUGCAAUGCCAAAGGGCAUUGUACAAGGGUAGAUUAUCUGAUUAUUAUUUUUCAGCAAAUAUUACAUCUUAGUAAUUGAACAGUUAAGAUAACGGAUGACACUCUUUUCCUAGUGACAAGAGAGUUGCAAGGAAUGGGGCCAUGAUUGGGAAUGCUGUAACAACCAUGUCGUAUGUUGCCUACUCUGGCCAAUGAGAAGUCCAAUAAUUUGUGUGCAAGAACAUGAAUGUGCAGUGCUUCAAUAGAAAAUAAGAGGUUUUUUUUGGUCUAGUUGUCAACUCACUGCAACUUUCUUCGUCGAGAUUUAUGGUAAUGUUUUCUUCAUUUUAUUACGAAACUCUCUUAGUACCGUUUGCAGCAGCAAAUGACAAAAAAUUGGCCACAUUCACAAGAAGCCAUAUUCACAGCUGACUUUUUGGAAUUUGUCAUUGUAGAAUAUGUUAGCAUAAAAGAAAUGGUGCUUGGACCAGAAUGGCGUGACAAGUAACUUGAAUGUCUAUUUUUUACUUUUAUUGUUUGCAUUUGCGUGCAGCUGAAGAACAGCUUUAAAUCCAGAAAAUUUAUGGUUCACAAGUGAAACACCUUUUCUGUGAUGGUUUUAAAGUAGGCAAUUUCAUAGUUGUGCCAUGCAUGUAGCAAUAUAUUCUGAAGCUUCCAGCGCUGAAGAGGGUUUAUUUGAAUGGCAGCUUUCAGUCGUGACAUUUUUUCUUGUUUCUGCAAUAUAAGUGUGCUCUUCGUGUUUGUCAGGGUGCAAAUGGUUGGCUGAAUAGGCAAGGAACUAAGCACGAGACACCUUUUUAUGGAUGUGAUGGAGAACCAUAGUUAAGAAUGCAUGGAAUGGGCAUAUGUAACAUGGUGUUGGUCAGAAUGCAUAGCCACCGGUGUUUGGGUUUGCUGAACAGUGUGCAUGUAUAAUAUAUUAUAUUCCCAUCCUCAUCUUCAGCCAUUGAGAUGAAGUAAACAUGUGGAACUUGUA